UCGUUGGGUCGCUUGUGCGCCCCUCACCAUUUCCUACGACUUUUGGCUUUGUGUGUGUCUCGUGCUGCCUGUGCAUGUGUUGGAACACGAGCCUCCAAGGUCGCGCUAACCCAAUACAAGGUCACGGGCGAUAAGCCUGCCAGCGACAUAAUAGCGGUUGUGUGUUCUGUUUCUUGAUCAAUCGACACCAGGACCAUGGCCAAGUGCGAGGAGGGACUCGGCAUCUCCCUGAGCCAGCUGGACCAGCAUCCAGAACUGCUGCUUCCAUCAGCAAAGAACCACCACUACGACAGCGACGAUGAUGACCACCACGACGCUUCCCACUUCCACGCUCCCAUGGGCUCCGCCACGGAGCACAAGAGCAGCCCGCUCAGCUCCACCCAAGGCAACGACCACAAGGCCAAGCACGUUUCCAAGAAGAGCAAGAAGAACAUGAAGCCCGGCCGCUCAGGUGUGGUCAUGGCCCCGCCACUCGUCAAGCUCGUCAAGGCCAGCACCACCGCUGCCGCCAAACAACACACCCCGGCGACACCCUCGUCUCCGCCAUCCCCCCUGGCUUCCAGCGCCCUGGACCAGGCUGCCAAGCAGGAUGAUGCCGACGCAGCCGCCAAGGCCACCGGCGCCACCGACGAGGGCACCAAGCUGUCUGAUGGCGAUCACAGCGCCGCCGAGCAGCCCCUCGAGGCAGAUGCCGACGCCAACAACGAUGGCGCUGUUGACCCCGUGGAUGCAAGCGACUUUAAGUUCCUCCGUGUCAUUGGAUGCGGCGGUUACGGCAAGGUGUUUCAAGUCAGGAAGCGCACUGGAAGGGACGAGGGCACCAUCUACGCUGCCAAAGUCCUCAAGAAGGCGUCUGUCAUGACAAAGAAGAAGGACAUUGCCCACGCCCUUGCCGAGCGCAGCAUCCUCGAGAAGAUUGACUUCCCCUUCAUUGUCGGCCUCAAGUACGCCUUCCAGACGGACGAACGCCUCUAUCUCAUCAUGCCUUACCUUGGCGGCGGAGAGUUGUUUGGCGUUCUGGACUCUGAGGGCUUUCUGCUUGAAGAAGAAGCUCGGGUGUACAUUGCCGAGCUUGUGCUUGCGCUGGAGCAUCUGCACAGCCACGGCGUCAUCUACCGCGACCUCAAGCCAGAGAACAUCAUGCUCACCAGCGACGGCCACAUCAAGCUCACAGACUUUGGCAUGUGCAAGCAGCUCGAAGCGAAGAACGUCAAGACAAACACAUUCUGCGGCACCCUCGAGUACAUGGCGCCUGAGGUGAUUACGGCUGAGGGCCACAACUGCGCUGCCGACUGGUGGAGCCUCGGCGCUCUCACCUACGAUAUUCUUGCCGGCCGCCCGCCAUUCACACAUCCAAACCGCAAGAAGCUGGUCGACAACAUCCUGUAUGUACGUGUGCAGUACCACAAGACCUUCACCUCCCGCGCAAAGUCGUUCAUCCGCAUGUUCCUGCGGCGCAACCCGGACCAGCGCGUCAUCAACACAGACCGCAUCAAGGGCCACGUGUUUUUCUCCGGCCUGGACUUUGACGACGUUCUGCACAAGCGCGUCAGCCCGCCGUUUGUGCCCACGCUGGCGGAUGACACCGACCACAAGUACUUCUCCAAGGAGUUUACCGACUGCCCCGUGUGUCACUCCCCAGCGCCGCCCGUGCAGUGUGAUGUCUUUGCCGACUUCAACUACGUUGCUGGCAAGGACGGCCGCAACCUGCUGACUGAGCGCCCGCGCCGGCCGGAGGACGAGCCUGGCUUUGCCCGCGUCGAAAAGACAGUGCACUCUGCAGACCUCUCUGUUGGUCUGUCCACGCUCGAGCUCAACGCGGACGGCAGCGCAAAGCUGCGCGAGGAGAUGCUUGAUGCUGAGGCUGUUGCCUCGCAGACGGCCCUGCUUCCCAUCGAGGAGCAGGACGCCGAGCCCGCGCUCGUGCCGGCCGAAGACGACGAUGCCGAUGCCGCCAACGCCGCGGAGCACCAGGCCCAGGCCCAGCACCCCGCACAGCAGGCCCAGGAGCCAGGCGCAGAGGAGCAACAGCAGCAGCAACAGGAGGAGCAAGCACAGCAGGAGGAAGAUGGCGUGCCUCUGUCUGAUGCCUAUCUUGGCGUGCUGCAGCCAGCGCACACGCCCACCACCAAGUCGCCCACAAGCGCGUCGACCUCGUCGCCCCCGAGCAGCAAGGAGGCGGACAAGGACACCACCACAAAGAAGUUUGUCAACUCGCUUGCAGCUGCGCUCAACAAGGUGCGCGCCAAGCACGGACCACAGCAGCAACAGAACCAGAACCAGCAGCAGCAAUCUCCAAGCACGCCUGCGUCGCCUGCAACCCAGAAGUGACGUGCCAGCUCGGCUGAGGCAUCUCUCAUACCAGGCAGCACCGGGUCUGCCCCUGAUGAGGAUGGUGCCUUUAUGUUUUAGGCCCCCGCAUUAGCUUAAUUUGCUAUCUGUCUCUCAUUCCCUCUUCGUGUGUUUAUACGAUGCCCAUCGGCUGCUGCUUCGCUCUGCUAAUUGGUUGCUUUUGGUGGUUUUCCAACCACUUUCCCGCCUGUCUUUUGGCCAUCUCUCAUCUUCCCCCUCCCCCCAAUCUCUUCCGUCUCCUCCAUUUUUGUGGUCGUCUCCUGGCUAUGUUGACUGUCUCAAGCCCUGCCCACAAUUCCUCUUGCUGCUUUUCUCGUCGGCGUCUUCUGGGUGUGCUGUGGCUGUCUUGUUCACUCACACACAUCUUUUUUUCCUUCGAAAUUGACUCUUUGUGGCUUCUUCAGCCCAUGAGGUAAUCGAUUCCCCCCUCCUUCCCCUUCCAUUUACUUGCGCCUCCUUUUCUUGUUUCUUUGGCCUUUCUACGGCAGCGCAAUAAGCACUCCACUUCCUUUUCUUUCGUGACCGUGCGUCCCUCCUUCUAUGGCCGCAUUGCUUGUGUCCCCAUCGCUGUUUGUCGUUGCCUCUGUGCGUGUUCCUUCUUGUCCCCAGUUGGUACAUUGAUGUAGGCUUGAUAUGCCUGUUGUUUCUGCUCACGCCACACCCCCCCCCCUGGCCAAUCCAUAGUCAUAGCGAGCCAGUGCUUUUGUCUUCUUGUUUUGUGGCCAAUUUGGGGGACUCGUGAUGAGAAGGCGUCUUGUCAUGCUUGUCAGACUGACUGCAGUUCGGCUCGACCAGUCCUGUCCGGCUUGUUGUGUUUCUCGCUGUUCGCUUGUCGUCUUCGACCGAUCGUCGUACCCUCAACGAACAGUGUUGUUUCAUUAUUUUUCUCUCCUGAUCCUGAUCCUGAUCCUGUUCCUGAUCAUCGUUGGACUUCACAAUGUCCUUGCUUCCUGAUUGUUCGUUGUCCUACAGCAUGUUUCGCUGCGCUGUGCCAUGAUGUAGGACUGUUUCUUAAAAGGAUAACAACGCGCAACACAA